GGAGCCAUGGACGGCGACUACACGCUGCGCGUCUGCUGCAUGGGCGCGGGGUACGUUGGCGGCCCGACGAUGGCCGUCAUCGCCAAGUUCUGCCCGACCAUCCGCGUCGUCGUCGUCGACGUCAGCGCCAAGCAGAUCGCGCGCUGGAACUCGGCCGACGACCUGCCCAUCUACGAGCCCGGGCUCCUCGAGGCCGUGACGGGCAGCCGCGGCAAGAACCUCUUCUUCUCGACCGACAUUGACCGCCACAUCAAGGAGGCCGAUCUCAUCUUCGUGUGCGUCAACACGCCGACAAAGGCCUCGGGCUUUGGCGCGGGCGCGGCCGCCGACACCAGGCACGUCGAGGCCUGCGCGCGCAUGAUCGCCCAGAGCGCGACGACCGACAAGAUUGUGGUCGAAAAGUCGACGGUGCCCGUGCACACGGCCGAGGUGCUGAACGCUGUCUUUGACGCCAACAGCUCUAGCGCGGUCCACUUUGACGUGCUCUCGAACCCCGAGUUUCUCUCCGAAGGCACGGCAAUCCACGACCUCAUGGCGCCGUCGCGCAUUCUCAUUGGCGGCGAGAGCUCGCCGUCCGGGCAGCGAGCGGUCAUGACGCUUGUCAGCAUCUACGAGCACUGGGUGGCCCGCGACAAGAUCCUCACGACCAACGUCUGGUCGUCCGAGCUCUCGAAGCUCGUCGCCAACGCGUUCCUGGCGCAGCGCAUCUCAAGCAUGAACUCGAUCUCGGCGCUCUGCGAGGCCACUGGCGCCGACGUGGCGGAGGUCGCGCGGGCUGUCGGGACCGACCCGCGCAUUGGCGACAAGUUUCUCCAAGUGUCCGUGGGCUUUGGCGGCUCGUGCUUUCAGAAGGACAUUUUGAACCUCGUGUACCUAGCCGAGAGCUGCCACCUCCCCGAAGUCGCAGCCUACUGGCGCAGCGUCGUCGAGAUGAACGAGUUCCAAAAGAACCGGUUCUCCAAGCUCAUUGUGUCGCAGCUCUUCCACUCGGUCUCGAACAAGAAGAUUGCGAUCCUCGGGUUCGCCUACAAGAAGGACACGGGCGACACGCGCGAGACGGCCGCCGCCGCCGUCAUCAAGGCGCUCGGCGCCGAGCGCGCGCAGCUCUUCGUGUACGACCCCAAGGUCGAGCGCGACGAUAUGCUCCACGAGCUGCGGUACCAAGGCAUGGCCGAGAGCGAGAUUGCGAGCAUCCAGAUCGUGUCGACGCCGUUUGAGGCCACGGCGCAGGCCCACGCGAUAGCAAUCUUGACCGAGUGGACCGAGUUUACGCAGCUGCCGUUCGAGGCGAUCUACACGGACAUGCUCAAGCCCGCGUUCAUCUUUGACGGGCGCAACUUGCUCGACCACACGCUGCUGCGAGAGAUUGGCUUCAAGGUGUUUGGCAUUGGUAAAAAAUUGCAAUAGAAACCACAGUGUAUAG